CCCAAGAGAGCAGGAUAUGACACAGGAGAGAAGGUCUCAUCAACUGUUUCACUUCCAAGCCCCAAGAAGCAGUGCUGGUCACAAGUCAGUAGAGUUUACCACAAAAGCCUCUCAGUCAUUGAAAAGUUGAAGCUGAGGAAUGUUAUUUCCAUGAGGACAACUACCCUUACUGAUUUUUGUAAAUUUGACACGGAGCAUAUGGAAUGGUCCACCAAACCUGUGGUUGCAGAAUUUAGGAUACCUGACCAAUCAUUUGCAUCUGGUGGAUUUAGAGAGUCAUUAAAAGCCACUAGUCACAUAGUAGGAUUUAGAGGGGUGACGUUGGUUCUCAAGAAAUACUCAAAAAAUACUUUAGAUAAUAUUGAUGCAUUAUUUGGCUAG